AUGGCUCAGAAGCCCCUGCGUCUGUUGGCUUGUGGUGAUGUUGAAGGAAAAUUUGAUGUUUUAUUUAAUAGAGUUCGUGGGAUUCAGAAGAAAAGUGGAAAUUUUGAUCUGCUGUUGUGUGUAGGUGAUUUUUUUGGCUCAACACCAAAUGCUGAAUGGGAAGAAUACAAGACAGGAGCCAAGAAAGCACCCAUUCAAACUUAUGUGCUCGGUGCAAAUAACCAAGAAGCUGUCAAGUAUUUCCCAGAUGUUGAUGGAUGUGAACUAGCUGAAAACAUUACUUACCUAGGUAGAAAAGGUGUUUUCACUGGUGCCUCAGGAUUACAGAUUGCAUACCUCAGUGGGACAGAGUCCUUGGCUGAGCCUUCACCUCCAUACAGCUUUACCUCCAAGGAUGUGUGCUCAUUGCAGGCAGCUUUGCGGUCCACCUCACAGUUUAAAGGUGUUGAUGUCUUACUGACAUCCCCAUGGCCCAAGGGUGUGGGGAACUUUGGGAAUGCUUCUGGAGAUGUAGAUACCAAAAAACAUGGCUCCUCUUUGAUCUCCCAUCUUGCCAUGGACUUGAAGCCCAGAUAUCACUUUGCUGCCUUGGAAAAGACUUAUUAUGAGAGGCUUCCUUAUCGAAACCACAUAGUCCUCCAAGAGACUGCUCAACAUGUUACUCGAUUCAUAGCUCUGGCAAAUGUUGGAAAUACAGAGAAGAGAAAGUACCUUUAUGCAUUCAGUAUCCUCCCACUUAAUUUGAUGGAUGGGGCAGAGCUAGUGAAGCAGCCACAAGAUGUCACUGAAAACCCAUACAGAAAAUCUGGGAAGGAAGCAUUGUCUGGAAAACAGGGCCUGGCUCCACAGGAAGAAUCAGCCUGUCAGUUUUUCUUUGAUUUAAGCAAAAAGCAGGGAAAGAAACGUCAGUCCACUGGGGGAGAUACCAAGACUAUUUCCCCCAAGCAGCCUCGGAAACCACCUCAGCCCCUGGGGCCCUGCUGGUUCUGUCUUGCCAGUCCUGAAGUGGAAAAACAUUUAGUAGUCAGCAUUGGCACCCAUUGCUACCUUGCCCUGGCCAAAGGUGGUUUAUCUGAUGAUCAUGUUCUGAUCUUGCCCAUUGGUCACUAUCAGUCAGUGGUGGAUCUCUCAAGAGAGGUGAUUGAAGAGGUGGAAAAGUACAAGUCUGCAGUGAGGCAGCUCUUUAAGAGCAAAGGGAAGCGAUACGUCCUCUUUGAGAGGAAUUAUAGGAGUCAUCACCUUCAGCUACAGGUUGUUCCUGUACCUCUCAGCUGUUGCACUACUGAGGACAUCAAAGAGGCCUUUAUCACCCAGGCUCAGGAGCAGCAGAUUGAGCUACUAGAAAUCCCAGAACACUCAGAUAUCCAGCAGAUUGCACAGCCCGGAGCACCGUAUUUUUAUGUGGAGUUGGACACAGGAGAGAAGCUUUUCCACAGAAUUAAGAAGAGUUUUCCCUUACAUUUUGGAAGGGAGGUUUUGGCAAGUGAGGCCAUCCUCAACAUUCCCGAGAAGUCUGACUGGAAGCAGUGCCCUCGGAGCCGAGAAGAGGAGGAAACUCUGGCCCGCUUGUUCCGAAAGCAUUUCCAGCCCUUUGACUUUGCCCAGGAGGACUAACUGACAGAAGUCCUUUCUGGAAUUACAAAAGAGAACCAGGGGCCUGUCUUAAAAGGUCAGCUUCAGGGUCCCUCAGGGGCUGUUUCCCUGGUCCUUUGAAACAUACCCUCGGCACCCUAAGCCACAUCUAAUGUCUUCUCACCACCGAGUCUCCUGCUGAGCAGUGAGAAGUGGAGCCCUGAGGCUCCUGGCACAGGAGGCAGCGAUGCUGCUUAGAGGAAUGAAGCAAAUUCCAGAACAAAUAGCCUUGCCUGUUAAUAGCAUCUCUUUUAGACCUCUGGUACAAAUAGCCAUUAUUCAUAUUUUGAUAUUU